AUGACAGCCAAUAACAACUCAAAUCGUCAACAUAGUGUAGUGAUACUGACCGAGAAGGAAGUUCAACAAAUGGGCCAGAAGCUCGAGGAUCCAGAUUUUGAAUCCCAAGAAUCGACUGGUUGUUUCUGUGGUGGAAGAACGAGGUUCAUCAUAUUGUUCAUGAGUAUGAUAUGCAUGUCUAUGGUGGUGGCAAAUUCGUUGUCGCUAAACUUUACCGUGAUAUGUAUGACCAAAAGUGGACAUGAAGAGCCUGCGAAUGAGACAUGGGCUCAAGGUAGGUAUUACUAUUGCUUGUUGGAGACGGGGGAAGGGGGGGGGCUGAAAUUUGUUUUUUAAGUAUAGAGUUGUUUUUUAAGCCUAAGCUUUGAAUUCUAAGCCUAAUUUUGCAUUUUAAGCUAAAAGUUUAACGUGUAUAUUCCAAGCCUAUUUUAUAAUAAUUAAGCUUAAUUUUGGAUUUUUAAGCCUAGAGUUUUAUUAGUAAGCCUAAAAUCCGCUUUUAAGCUCAAAUUGAAUUUUUAAGCCUAAAUAUUAAUUUUUAAGCCUAAACUUAAAGUUUAAGCCUGAAAAUUACUUUUUAGGUCUAAAGUUAAAUUUUAAGCUUAAAAAUUACUUUUUAUGCCUAAAAUUUAUUUUCAAGUCUAAAAAUAGUUUUGAACUUUAAAAUUCAAUUUUUAGUCCUAAAAGUUUAAAAGUGUCAAUUUUGUGAAUCAUUUUUAGCUACUGAUAUCAAUUUUUAAAGAAUUCUGUUUUGUUCGAAAGUGCAACAAAUCAAUCAAAAUUUAUUUUCAAUCAUCCAAACAUUUCCAAACCAGGGAAUACCAUGGUAAUUGAUGGAUUACUAUACGAUUUCUGACCUAUACACCUUCACUUUACUACGUGAUUUACGGUAGAAAACAAUAUUUUUAAAAACAUUUGAGGUUUGGAUUGUUAGGCUCUAAAAUAAAUUUUAAGCUUAUAAUUAAAGAGUUAGGCUUAGAACUGAACUUUAAGCUUAAAAUUAAGGUUUAGGCUUUUGAAUCAAAUCUUAGGCUUUAAUGUUUGUUUUAGCAUUUAAAUUGAACCAUUAGGCUUAAAUAUACAAUUUUAGGCUUAGAACUGAAUUUUAAGCUUAAAAAUCAUAAUUUAGGCUUAGAACUAAAUUUUAUGUUUAAAAUUAAGGUUUACGCUUAAGAAUGAAGUUUUAGGCUUAGAAAUGAAAUUUGAGACUAAGAACUGAAUUUUAAGCUUAAAAAUCAUGCCUUAGGCUUAGAAAAAAAUUUACGGCUUGGCAAUUAAACAGAGGUUUUUAGUUUAUAAAUAAAGAUUUAGGCUUAAAAAUCAUUUUCGUUUUUAAAAAAAUGACAUUUUAGGCUGAAAUAGCAACCUCUAGGCUAAUUAAUAGGUCGAGCUAGCAUGUUUUUAAAAAUUUGAAAUAAUUUUCAAUUUCAGAACAAGCCGACUUUAUCUUCACGGAUUACCAAAGGAAUUGGCUCUUCUCGAUAAUCGCUGUCGGAACGAUAUGCGGCGCCGUUCCGUUCUUCUUAAUGGCUGGUCGGAUCGGAAUUCGAUGUAGUUUUGUCAUAUAUGGCCUUGUAUCCGGAUUCGCGACGUUGGCGUUGCCGUAUGCUGUUGAACAUGGCUUUUUAUAUGUAUUGGCUAUGAGGUUUUUGCAGGUAAUGGUUUAAGGCUUGUGUUUAGAGUCGAAAAUUAGGCUUAAAAAUAGGAUUUCAAGGUUAGUAACGUAAUGUUAGGUUUAAAAGUGAAUUUUGGGCUUAAAAGGUGACUUUCAGGCUUAAAACUGAAUUAUAGGCUUAAAAACUGAAAUGUAGGCUUAAAAGAUGACUUUUAGGCUUAAAAAUGAAUUUUAGGCUUAAAAAGUGACUUUUAGGCUUAAAAAUGAACUUUAGGCUUAAAAAAUGACUUUUAGGCUUAGAAAUGAAAUUUAGUCUUACAAAGAGACUUUUAGGCUUAAAAAUCAAUUUUAGGCCUAAACAUGAAUAUGAGGAUUAAAAAUGGCUUUGUCUUAAAAAAUGACUUUUCGGCUUAAAAAUGACCUUUUCAACUAAAAACGGAAUUUUAGGUUUAAAAACGAGUUUUGGGCUUAAAAAUGUAGCUUUAAACCUAAGGCUGUAUUUUAGGCUUUAAAAUGAGUUAUAGGCUUUGAUUUAUAACAAUUUUUUAACGUUUCUUAUUUUAGGGUCUAGCCCUUGCUGCCCUCUGGCCCUCGACCGGUUCGAUUACCACCGAAUGGUCGACAGCCAAACGUUCCGGCACCUACAUUGCCAUACUCUCAUGCCAUCUCCAAAUCGGCCCAGUAUUAACCAUGCCCAUUGCUGGUGAACUAUGUUCCUCGCCUCUAGGCUGGCCUGCCGUCUACUACUUUUUGGGAACUGCGACCCUACUGUUCGUGUCGAUUUUUGCCAUUUUCUACCGUGACUCCCCACCCAAACAUGGUUGUGUUGGUGCCAUGGAGCAGGUGGUACUACAGAAGGGAAAGAUAGUACAAGUCACGGAGAAGGAGCAUCCAACAGUACCAUUUUUUGCGAUUUUCACGGACAAAGCGGUCCUAGGCUGUCUGUUCACGACCUUUGGUGGUAACCUCGGGUACCAAAUUUUGAACCAAUAUUCAGCUUUCUUCUUGAAUACAGUAAUCAAAUUUGAUGUGAAAAGCACGGGCAUAGCCACAGCACUACCCUUCGUACUGGCGAUCUUCUUUAAGAUCGCGGCGGGACCAAUCAGUGAUAAAAUGCCCUACUUUGGACCAAAAGGCAGAGUUAUCAUCUUCACUUCGAUAUCACAUUUCAUCAUGUCUGGAGCUUUCAUAGCAUUGAGUUUGGUCGACGAAACCACACAAAGGCUGGCGCAAGUAUUGUUUACUACGGCAGUAACGUUCAGUGGACUUAAUGCCAUGGGUAACAUCAAGAGUCUUCAGUUGGUAAGGGUUAUGAGAGUUUUUUAAAAGUAAAAGUAAGGCAUGGGUAGCGGCAGGGCAGGAGGGUAGAGUAGGGCAGGCUAAGAGGGUAGCGUAGGAUAGGGUAUAAAGGUUUUUCUUAGCUGCGUCAAAAAGAAUUGAACUUUUUUCAGUGCAUUUAUAUAGUAAAAUUGAUCAAUUCUUUUUGAACCGGGUUUAAAAAACAUUUUUCUUCGGUCUAAAAGUGUAUAGAACUAACAAAAGUGAAUUUUAAAUUCAAUUUUAAAUUCAAAAAGUUUUUUUCGAAAUUUUAAAAUUUUAAAAAUUUGAAAAUUUUAAGUUUGUCUCAAAACUUUAGGUAACAAAAUCAAAAAUUCUAAAAAAAUAAAACAAUUAUGACCUUUUUAUAUUCAUCGUUAUAAUUUUCAGAUAUCUGGACCAUUUGUCUACGUACUUAUGGCUACAGUAACAUUGAGCAGCUCGAUCUGUAUUUUAAUAUUGCCUCCAAUCGUCAAUUUAAUGGCUCCUGAUAACACUCCAGCUCAGGUAGGGUAAUUUUAAAUAUUUUUUUUGAAUUUUUUUUUUGAAAUUUUUUAAAACUUAUUAAAAUUUUUUAAAUUUUAGUGGUCCUUUAUGUGGAUAUGUUUUGGCAGCUUCAUUAUCUUCUCCACGAUCGUCUUCAAUUUUGUAGCCGAAGCCGAGCCCCGUCCAUGGGCCCUCGGAUUGCAGACCAAGACCAAGAGUACCAACAAAGUGGUACCGGUUCAAAUAGAUGUGGCUGAACUCGGAAAAUCGGAGAAAUUGGAUCAGAAUCGUCGGGCGUCAUUCUCGUCAUCAAGCGAUGAAGAAAGCAAUGAUUCCAUUCAUGAUGACAGAACUGGCAUUCUGCCUCAGAGAAAGAGAGAGUCGAGGAAGUCGAAGAAGGACAAGGUGGAACAGUAA